AUGGAACAUUUCUGGGCUCGAUUAAAUGAUUUACCUGAUGAGAUAAUUAUGAUUAUUUUGAAAAAAUUAUACAAUGUCGAAGUGCUCUACUAUUUCAUAGGUGUUAAUAAACGACUCAAUACAAUUGCACAUGAUUCAAUUUUUUCAAGUUGUUUGAACUUAUAUCAAUAUUUUUCGGAUGAUCAUUACAUCUGUCCAUUACCAGAUCCAAUGCUUAAUCGAUUUUGUUCACAAAUUUUACCUGAAAUUCAUAAUAAAAUCCAAUGGCUUAAUCUUGAAUCAUCGUCUAUGAAACGUAUUCUUUCUGCUACAAAUUAUCCAAAUUUAUAUGGACUUGGUCUGUAUGAUAUUAAUGUAGAAGUAGCUCCAUCGCUCUUUACUGACGAAAGUUUUUUCAAUCCUCUCUUGAAAAAUCAAAUCUUAUCGCUUGUUAUUGAUAUUGUGGAAAAUGACGAACAAAGUUCAUCAGAAUAUCAGCAUAUAUUUAUAUUUACACAAAUCUUUACUAUGUUCCCCAAUUUAAAAUAUCUAAAUUUUGGUCCAUCUUCAAUUUUCUAUCAACGAUUAUCAUUUGGUAUUCCACCUCCAACUAUUAUUUCUUCAACUCUCUUAGAAUUACAUGUCUGUUUGGAUCAUUUUAUUGAUUGUCUUUAUUUACUUGAUGGACGUUUCAAUCAACUUCAUUCAUUUCAUGUUCAUAUUUUUUCCCUUUUCGCUUUAGCUACAACAAUCAAUAAUAAGGAAAAAUUAUCUAGUUUAAAAUGUUUUUCGCUUCAUUGUGAUAGCACUACAAAUAGUUAUGAAAGAUCAAUUCUACCACUUCUAUAUCGAAUGAUCAAUUUAGAAAAACUUGAUUUACAUCUUAUGAUCGAAUGUAAUCAAGAAUUUGUUGAUAGUAAUGAUUUGAAGAAAAAUAUUAUCAAUCGAAUACCAGGAUUAAAAAAUUUUGUAUUUAACAUACGUUCAAUGAGAUAUUUUUGUGAUGAAAUUCGUUUACCAUUAAAUGAAGAUAUUCAACAUACAUUCAAUAGUCUUCAAAAUAAUAAAAUUAUUUCUUAUGUUAAUUAUUUUCCUGAGGCAGGACACAGUGAAUAUCACAUUUAUUCAUAUCCAUAUAAAUUAAAAUUUUAUAGAAAUAUUACAAAUAAUUUUCCAGGUGGAUUAUUUAAAUAUGUUACUGAAGUGUCACUAUUUGAUGAACAACCUUUUGAACAUGAAUUCUUUCUUCGAAUUCAAAAAUCAUUUCCAUUUAUGAAAGAAUUAACUGUAAUUAAUCAAAAACCACAAAACAAAAAACAAUAUGAAAAUUUCAAAAAUUAUGAUCAAACUUUAUCAAUUAUCAAAUAUCCUCAUCUUACUCUACUUAAUCUAGGUUGUGUUCAUGAUGAUUAUAUUGAACAAUUUUUGUUUGAUACGAAAAUGUGUUUGUCGAAUAAUCUUUAUCUUAUUAUUGAUUAUCAAUCACUAGCAAGAGUGACACACAAUUUUCAAAGAAAUAUAACACGAAUCAAUUGUGCAAAGUUGCGUUAUUUACGUCUACAUGGUGAAUAUACGAUUCUUAAACAUGUAAAAGACUAUUUUCCUUACACAGAGAUAUGCUAAUUGUGAUGAAUGAUUAUUUAAAUAAAAUAUGUCGAAAUUAGAUUGAUUUAUAAAUAAUUACAGUACUAAAACGAUGUGCAAGGAAUGAAUGAGAAUAUGAAUAUCGAUGUCAAAAUAUAAUGCAGUUGGUUGUUUUUCGAAUAAUAAUUCAAAACCCACAAAAGCUAUCGAUCUGAAGUUUUCAGCAAUAGAAACAGGACACUCUAGACUACGUUUUUACUAUCAAACUCAAUUCUUAAAAACCUUUCGAUAUUGGAAUCUAGAAGAAUUUUCUGGAAAACAAGGAUUUUGCUUAAAAGUUUCGGGUAGAAACCUAUCGUUUUUUUUCAUAGAUAGAUAGCUCUGGGUCUCCUCUACAAUCCUUUAUUAGACAAUAGAUGGUUCUUUUCUUCCUGAUUUAAUAAAAGAAUAAAGUGUGUGGGGUGUGGGUGUGAGUGAGGAUCCGUAUCAGUAGAACAGUACUUCCACAGCCACACCUUCCUCAGCGUAGAUCGAACCAUACAGUAUACAAUGGAAGCAGAUGUGAUAAUCCUGCACGGCUGCUCACACCUAUACGAAUGUCUAUCAGAGCUUUUCGGAGCGCGUGCUAUGUCAUUCCAGUCAUCGAGGAACUACAAAAGCAUGAAAGACAAUAAUUAGCCCUUGUAAAAUUCGUUGAUAAAACGAAACGAGACAGAAACGUGCAACGGGUCUAGACGUGAGUGACGUAGCAUACUGUUCUGCCAAUCGUUCGCACCCUUAAUCUCCAUCCAUCGUUUGAUAAUCAUCUGGUCUAUUGCUUGAUAUGAUGAGCAAUGUUUAUAGCGUACAUAAGUAGCUUACUGUUUUGAUUAAUUUUCAAUAUUUGCAAUCCUCUAUUAUCAAUAAUUGAUCGAUGUCAAAAUUAAUCAAUUUUUUUUAUUCGAGCGGUUUGAAUUUACUUUCCAUGUAUGCAGUAGUGUAAUUUUGUAUUUUGAGUUUUCUCAUAUGUUCUUGUAAACUUUUAGUUAAUAUUUACCGUGUACAUAUUGACUUCAAUAGCAGUCUGUCUGUUACUACGAUGGUGGUUUUUUUUAAAAUUUUUCAAGCACAUAUAUCAGCAACAAAUAACUUUCUCGACCAUAGUGCAUCUAUGUUUGUACGAUUCUAGAGUAA